CUCUUCUGCCCACUUGUAAGUACAACUGGUAUGGGUAAUGGUGUGAGAGAAGGUCAAGUGGAUUUCAAACAGCAGGAUGUGGAGCAGGUUUCAUCACCCCAUCUCCUCUCAGAGGGUAACCAGGAGAAAAAGAAAGUACUCAACUCCCUGAUGUCUGGUGCAUUGGCUGGUGCUGUUGCUAAAACUGCAGUAGCUCCACUGGAUAGGACAAAAAUCAUGUUUCAAGUGUCUUCAAAAAGAUUUUCUGCCAAGGAAGCCUACAGGCUGAUUUAUCGCACCUACCUCAACGAAGGCUUCUGGAGUCUCUGGCGAGGGAACUCGGCCACCAUGGUCCGUGUGAUCCCCUAUGCUGCCAUCCAGUUCUGUGCCCACGAGGAGUACAAGCAGCUCCUGGGCAGCUACUACGGCUUCCAGGGAAAAGCGCUGACACCCUUCCCUCGAUUCAUUGCUGGCUCUCUGGCAGGCACCACGGCUGCCAUGCUAACCUACCCCUUGGAUAUGGUCCGUGCUCGAAUGGCUGUCACGCCGAAGGAGAUGUACAGCAAUAUUGUUCAUGUCUUCAUCCGAAUAUCCCGAGAGGAAGGACUGAAGACUUUGUACAGGGGGUUUACACCAACCAUCCUUGGAGUGAUUCCAUAUGCUGGGCUUAGCUUCUUCACCUACGAGACACUGAAGAAACUACAUGCAGAUCACAGUGGGAAAUCCCAGCCAUCCCCCCCGGAGAGGCUGUUGUUUGGUGCCUGUGCAGGGCUGAUUGGCCAGUCAGCCUCCUACCCCCUGGACGUGGUUCGCCGACGAAUGCAGACGGCGGGGGUCAUGGGACACACGUACAGCUCCAUCCUCCUCACCAUGCAGGAGAUUAUAAGAGAAGAGGGACUAAUCCGUGGCUUGUACAAAGGACUCAGCAUGAACUGGGUCAAAGGUCCAAUUGCAGUGGGAAUAAGCUUCACAACCUUUGACCUGACGCAGAUCCUUCUCCGUAAAUUACAGCACAGCACUAACGUUGAAAGGUAGUAGCUUAAUCCCCACAGCCCUUGCUGGGGAAAAGUACAACACGUGUAGAAAGAGCAAUGCUAGUGUUCCCUCACUCUGUCCCUGCUCUCC